AGUGCAACUACGUCUGGAGCUAGCAUAGCAGUGCAUCUUUUGACAGACGAUAGAGAAUUUGUGCUCUUGUGUGCUCGUCCAACUGGCCACACUGCAGCAUCAAAAUGUUGAAAGUGUUGGUAAGGGAGCGACUCAUUGCGGCUGCCGACGAAAUCUUUGGACUAUUCGCUGAUACGAUAAGGUCGUACGAAGAGCAACUUUGUCGAGCGAGAGAGGAGAGCGAGCGACACCGACGACGACUCGAAGCUGUUUGCAAGGCUCAAGUUGUCAUACGCGUCGAAGAUGUUGAGCAACUGAUCGGUCGUCAGGACGAUCUUUCUCCUCAGCCGCAGUGGGGUAGCCCAUCUUUAAAGCAGGACCAUCCACAGCCAUCACGUGUUAAAGUGGAAGAGGAAGAAGCUGGAGUCUGCAACUUGCCACUGAAUGGUUUCUCUGUAGAGAGUAAGGUUAACCAACAUGAAUCAUCAAAUUGGUCAAAGUGUUUUCGUCAUAGUCCAAACGGAGACACUUCUGGAGGACCGCCACCUGACAACUACUUGCCUAUGCUGCCAAAUAGUGAUGACACUGAAGAACCUUUGAGGAGUGACACAGACUGUGCAGACUUGCAGAAGCUGAUUGGUCAUCCUGAAGAACUUUCGUCUCAGCAGCUGUGGGGCAGCUCCCGUUUUGAGCUGGAAGAUCUUAAGCACCCCAUAUUUGAAACUGAAGAGGAGACCGAUGUCGACGCUGAGAUCCUGAUUGGUCAUGUCAAAGAGGAAGCGAAGGAUACUCAGCCUUGCCACAUCAAGGAGGAAGAGGACAUGGAAGACAAUUUCCCAAAGUUGCCACUGACUAUCGUCGUCACGAAGAGCGAAUAUGCUGAAGACGACACCGCCGAUUCGUCGCAGCUUGAUCGGAGCAGCUCUCUACAGCAUGUGACUAAAAAAGAACUUCCCUCUGAGUCGCAAGGUGGGGGGUCCAUUUUUGAGCAGGAGGACCUGAAAGCCCCCAACAUGAAGGAGGAAGAAAAGGAGGCUGAUAUCAGCGAAUUACCACUGACUGGUGUCGUUGUGAAGAGUGAAUACGAGCAAAAUGAAACACCCGAGCGGUCACAGCUUCAUCGUUUCAGUCCAAGUGAAGCCCUCAGUGGAGGACCACCACCUGAAAACGUGUUGGCUCCGCUGUCGGACAGUUACGCCUCAGACUCUGAUAUCGAUGCCAAACAGUUGAAAUGCUCUGAAAAGGACACAACUCUUGACAACGAGGGAACUUUUCAAACACGUAAAAAGCAUUUUACUUGCUCAGUUUGUGUUCAAAGUUUUCCAAAUAAAACAUCACUAGUCAGACACGUGAGAAUACACAAAAUAAAGAAAAACUUUAGUUGCCCACACUGCGGUAGAGAAUUUUCUCAAAAGGGAUCAAUGCUAGAACAUGUGAGAACACACACGGGAGAAAAGCCAUUUAGUUGCUUUACUUGCAAUAAAACAUUCUCUCAAAAAGGAAGUAUGCAAGCUCACAUGAGAAUGCACACAGGAGAAAAACCGUUUAAAUGCUCACACUGUGGAAAACAUUUUGCUCAAAGGGGAACGAUGCUAGGACAUGUGAGAAUACACACAGGAGAAAAACCCUUUAGUUGCUCAUUCUGCAGCAAAACUUUCCCUCAGAAAGGAAGUAUGCUAUCUCACAUGAGAAAACACACGGGAGAAAAACCCUUUAGCUGCUCAACUUGCGGUCGAACUUUCUCUCACAGGGCAGCUAUGGUAACGCAUAUGAGGAGACACACUGGAGAAAAACCUUUCAGUUGCUCCACUUGUGGUAAAAUCUUCUCUCAAAAGCCACAUCUGGUAUCGCACGUGAGAACACACACAGGGGAAAAACCCUAUAGCUGCUCAACUUGUGGUAAACUUUUCUCUCAAAAAGCACAUCUGGCGACACACACGAGAACACACACGGGAGAAAAAGGUUUCACUUGCUCUAUUUGCGCUAAAACAUUCUCUCAAAAAAGAAGUAUGCAAUCCCAUAUGAGCAAACACACAGGACAAAAAUGCUAUUGUUGUUCAAGUUGUGGUAAAACAUUCUCUCAAAUGGAGCAUGUGGUGACACAUAUGAGUAAACACACAGGAAUACCCUUUAGUUGCCCGGAGUGUGGGGAAAGUUAUGCUCAAAGGGCAAGUUUGUUUGAACACAUGCAGAAACACAACAUGGAGAGCCAAUAAAUGUCUUCCUCUCUAGCUGUUAUUGGGGCUGUCAUGAGAUUUUGAGGCAACCAUGUAAUUCUACAAGAUAAACGUAAUACAGUGGUACCUCUACUAAUGGGUUUAAAUUGUUCUGGAUGUAAUUUCUUAACUUGAAAAUUCUGUAAGUAGAGAAGCGUUUUCCAUGUAAAUACCCUAAUCCAUUCCAAGCACCCCCAAAUUCAGACACAAAAUUUUUAUAAUGUGUAAAAAUGUAUCAAAACUUGUAACAAAUACAAUAUAAGUAUGUUAGGUUCAAUAAAUUCUGGGAGCUGCGAGUACCAGCCAUACUGUAUUUUUGCCUAUAUUAUCCUGAAAUUUCUUUCUUAACAAGAGGCAAUAUUUUCCCAUUGAGGCGUGCCUUUACCUAAAAUUCUGUAUAUAGAAUAGAGACAUUCUUAAGUAGAGGUAUCACUGUACUACAAAUUUGAUUGUUUUGAAAAUGUUAGCAUUACAUGUAACCAUUGUGUAAACCGUACUCUUUUUAAAAAAACAAUUUAUUUUGUAAAAAAAGAAUAUUUUAAAAAUUGGAUGUUAACCUUUGCAGACUAUUUUUUUCACACAAAAAUACACAGGGACCGUGUGCUUACUGGGACCGUGUGCUUUGGUCAGAUGAGACCAAGAUUUGAGCUUUUUGGCAACAAACACUCUAAGUGGGUCUGGUGUGCCACGAAAGAUGCGCAUGCUGAAAAGCACCUCAUACCUACUGUGAAGUAUUGGGGUGGGCCAGUGAUUCUUUGGGGCUGUUUUCGCUUCCAAAGGCCCUGGGAACCUUGUUAGGGUGCGUGGCAUCAUGAAUGCUUUGAAAUACAAGGACAUUUUAAAUCAAAAUCUGUUGCCCUCUGCCCGAGAGCUGAAGAUGGGUCGUCACUGGGUCUUUCAGCAAGACAAUGCCCCUUAACAUAUGGCCAAAUCUACACAGAAAUGGUUCACCGGACACAAAAUCAAGCUCCUCCCAUGGCCAUCUCAGUCCCCAGACCUUGUUUUGUUGGCGAAAGGGGAUUGUACAAAGCAUUAACACCAGGGUUGCUAAUAAUUGUGA